GUAAAAUAUAAUGAGAUGGGAAAGAAGGGGAGAUCACAGGAAGAGGCUCAGAGGCCCAGAAUCCUGAACAAUAUUGAAAAUCAGCUGGAUGAACUGGGAGCUGCAAUAACGCAAAUGAAGAGGAUGGUGGACCUCAUCAAAGCUACUGCUCAGAAAGAGAAAGAAAAGGUCAGCAGUCUCUUUACUGAGGCCACCAAGCUUCUGGCAACCUUUAAGAAGGAAGUGCUUGGUUUCAUUGAGGUUGAUGAAAGAGCCAUGCUAGGUGGAGCAGAGGAGGAACUGCGGCAUAAAGAAAAGCGGCAUGCCCUGCUGAUGGAACACAAGCGGAACCUGGAGAAAGUCCCCAGCACGGACAUCAUCACUUUCCUGCAGGAAUUCCAGGCAUUAAAAAUAGCAGCUGAGGAAAAAAACCUUGCAUGUUCAAACUUCCCCAGAGAGCUGAGUUUUAUUAAAUCCAGUCAGGCUGUGUUUGCUAUGAAGGAGCUGCUGGGAAAUAUUUGCAAGAACCAAUGGGACCAACUGUCAGGGAAGGGUGAGAAUGGACCUUUUCUUCAUGGGAUACCAGAAGUGACAAUUGAACCGCAGGUUUCAGAAAGGAGCAUCAACCCCGCCAGUUUGGAAUCACGAGAUUAUUUUCUCAAAUCUGCAUUCAUCAUUGACUUGGACAGUGAUACUGCUGACAAGUUCAUCCAACUCUUUGGGACCAAGGGGGCUAAGCGUGUGCUGAAUCCCAUCGCUUACCCUGAGACCUCAACCAGGUUUAUUAACUGUGAGCAAGUAUUGGGUGAGAAUCUUAUGAACCGUGGCAACUAUUACUGGGAAGUGGAGAUCAUAGAUGGUUGGGUGAGCAUUGGGAUCAUCACUGAAGAUUUCAAUCCCCAGGAAUCAUAUGACCGGGGCCGCCUGGGCAGGAAUGAGAAGUCAUGCUGUCUGCAAUGGAACGGCCAGAACUAUGUUGCGUGGUUUGGCGGAUUUGACUGUGUUAUACAGCAGCCAUUUUUUCAUACUAUUGGGGUGUACUUGGAGUAUUCAGAGAAGGUGCUGACAUUCUAUGGAGUCAAGGAUUCCAAGAUGACUUGUCUCCAGCAGUUCAAAGUGGCUCGCUUCAAAAAGGGGCAUUUUGACCCUUUCCAGAAUAAGAUCAACCACCAGUUUCCAGCACUGUUCACGCACAACCUCAAGCCAGCCUUUUUUCUCGAAAGCGUAGAUGCUCACAUGCAGCUUGGGCCUUUGAAGAAAGACUGUGUUUCAGUACUUAAGCGGCGAUAAUUUGGUCAAUUAUCCUUCACUAAGCGUAAAGAAUUGGACAAAUAGGAGAUGUUUGUGUCAUCUCUGCUGGAACAUUGCGCCAUCUUUUUGAGUUAGUGUUAAUGAAUUAAUACUUAUUGCUGCUCUUUUUACCGUACUUAUUUGAUAGGUAUGAUAAGUAUCAUUUAAAGACGCACUUUUCAGCAAAAUGUUUUCUUCUCUUCGACAUAAUUAGGGAUCAUUUACAAAGAGCUUGAUUUAAAGCAAGGACAUCUCCAUUUCAUCUAUAUGAACCAAUGGUAUCUCCAGAGACUGCUCUGUUUCAUAAGUAAUACAUGGAUCAAUAAUCAAUGGUACCAUAGAAACCCAUCUUCAUAAUAGCAGGCAGAAAAAAAUACUACCACUGAUCAAAAAUGUAUGCUGAAGGCCAUCACUUGUUUUUAAAUGUUGCUAGAUGAAUACUGCUCUUCCACUGCAUUUGAAAAAAAAACAACAAUUGUGGAGAAAACAAUGGUGUUAGCUGUCAGCUGAGCAAAUGACAUAGAUGAACAAAUAUAAUCAGCUUUGGAUUACAAUAGCAAGAAAGACAAUAUGGGGCUGUGGGGAGCUUUAGUUGAUUCUUAGCUUAAAUCUAAAUUCUAGUCUAGUAUUAGAAAUAUAACUUUGAGAUUAAAUGAAGCAUCUGGGCUGUGUAUCAGCACCGUUAGGUAGACCAGUUCAGGAAAUGAUCCACAAAGGAAGGAUACAAUUUUUACUGAGAUCAGCUAUAAUAAAUGAGUCUUGCAAGUCUGAUUUUAGUAUACCACCACCUCUUUGUAGCUCAGUGAAUUAGGGUGCCAUCUUACUGAGCUGCUUCCAAAUGUUAUCUCCUUGUUUUGGAUUUUAAAAUGUUCCUGUCACUUUUGUCUAGGUAAUGGUUCCUGCAUGUUUCCAUCACAGUCACAUUGCAUUCACUGUACUUCAAUGCUAAAUGUGCCUGUUUAUUAAUAUUGGGUUAAAAAGUGUACAAAGUAAACUGAGUUGUAGAUCUGAAUGUGAGGUACUCAAGUGAUGAGUACCUGCACAAGAAGAGCAGAAAGUUUAAGACUGGGUUGCAAGUUUCUCUUUCCUUACAGCAUCUUACAGGCACAGAAGUAUUAUAAAAAUAAGAUUCAGUGGCUUUCUGGAAUCACUGGCUGGUUGAAUCUGAUGGAAGUUGAGGCUUAUUAGCCUCUGAAGGACCGCAGAUUCCUAUUAUUAUGAUAUAUUUUGCUUUUCUUAGCUGUAUUUUGAGUACAUAUCCAUGGAAGUACAAUGGAAGAAACACUAUUGGAGAAUAGGGAUUGAACUUUCAUGUAUAACAAGGAUACGAAGUGUAUAAAAUCCAUCCUUUUCAAAUAUACUAAGAGAACAUUUAUAAAUUUACCAUAAUUUAGUCAUGGUGAUAGAAGUGGUGAGGAAAUUCUAGCUGCUAUUGUUAAAAAAAAAAGAUUUCAACCUAUGAGGAGACCCAAGUUUUUCAUUAAGCUUAGGCUAUUUUUAAAUUGUUUUGUGACUUUUUAAAGAUUGUUUUGUUUAGAACAGGAUUGACAAUUGAGUUCGAAUAAACUAUCCAUUGAAUUCCUUUUUUUCUAGAAGAUAAUAUGCUAUGAGCAUUCAUAAUGUAAAUUAGGACUGAACAAGGAGAAAAUUUAGAGACAGAUUUUUUAGCAAUCAGAGGAUAAUUUUGUUCUUUGAAACGUUAAUCUAAUGCUAGCCCACUUCAUUAAUUCUGUGAUCUCAGGAUAACAUUGUUACAAGAGGGUUUUGCAGUGUUAAUGAGUAAAUUAUUUCUCUCUAAAACGUAUUUUGUUCCAUUAUAUCCUGUAUCCAAACUGGAAGUAUAGUAAAUUUGAUUAAUCAUGAAAUUAAUUUAAUAAGAGCACUUUUCCUUGCUGUUGGGCCUCACUGAAAUGUUCCUGCCUUUCAUUAAAAAAAUGUGAGGUCCUUAUAGUUUUGUUUGUGUAUCCUUCCCUUAAUGAAAGCACUGCAGCAUAGUGCUGAAAUACAUGCUUUGUGUUCUUUUUUUCGAAAGUUUUCACCAUCUUUCUAUAAAGGAAAAAAAUGAUAUGUACAUGAUGUACAUAUUGAAUUGCAUGUUGCAAUCUAGUAUCUUAAAUUUAUAUCCAAUUAAUUAAUGUUAGGAAGGUUACAGGAUUUAAUAAAGAUAGAGUACAGAUGUUUGAAUUUUUAAGAAAGUCAAAGUAGUACGUAAUCCACUCUACUUUGAAAUUAUUACUUUUUAAAUAUUUAAAGAUAGAUAGUUACUGAAAUAGAUGGAACCAUCACUGCAGGACUUGACAGAAGGGGCACUCAAGAUGGUGGAGAAGAUUUCAUUGUCCCUAACACAAGGGUGUCAAACUCGAGGCCUGGGAGCCAGAUUCGGCCCACAGGGUGCAUAGAUCUGGCCCACGAGGCCACCCUGGAAAUAGCGAAGGACCAGUGAAAACAAAGU